AUCGAGUUCGAAAUUCUCAAGGUGGCUCUAACUUGGCAGUCUUAAUACUGUUUGGCAAAGGGUAGGUCCAUAUACUAGCAUUCAAUCCUUGCCCAUUUCAAGUCAAUAUAUCCUUGAGUCUCGCUUUCAAAGACAAGAAUUAGAAAGAUGAGUGCCUUGCGCCUUGGCCUGAAAUGUGGUCGUCGAGCUGUGACAUCACGCCCUCUUUUGGCAGCCCUGCGAGUCUCUCAUAUUCAUCGAAGAUUGUUUGCAACUGAAAAUAGCGACAUGAAUCAGCAAACUCUUCAAAACACACCGCCCCCAUCCAAGCAGACAUCAGGCUCACAGGUAUUAUAAAGGUUUUUUUAAUGUAAGACUCCCGUUAACCUGAAAUCAGAACGCAAAUCUCCCUUUCGAAUUUGAGAUCAAUGAUAGUUCUCAGGUCAUAAAAGUCAACGGCGCAGCUUAUCCCCCUUUGUUCCUCCGCGAUGCUUGUGGCUGCCAUAGAUGCGUUGAUCCUUCCACAAAACAGAAGAACUUUCAGACUUCCGACAUUCCUUCUGAGAUCAAGGUUACUUCUAUUCAACCUGAUGAAGAUGGAAAUUUAAUAAUUUCUUGGAACAACGAUAUUCCAGGCUACGGAUCAGACCAUGUUUCGUCGUUUUCCGAAAAGUUCUUCCAAACGAAUUUUUCACCCAAAGCCUAUCACAACGACCGUCAUUACAGAAUCAGACCUAUCAGGUGGAAUGCAGAAAGGAUUGCUAAGAAGCUGCAAUAUGUAACCUUUGAUGAUUACAUAAACACCGAAGAAGGUUUAUUUAGAGCUUUGAUCAUGCUUCGGGAUUAUGGGCUACUCAUUCUUAGAAACGUGCCAGAGUCAGAAACAUCAGUUGUUGAUAUUGCGAAACGUAUUGGUAAUCUUCGGGACACACUAUAUGGAGUUACCUGGGAUGUUAAGUCUGUUCCUCAGGCUAAGAAUGUAGCCUACACAUCUCAAUAUCUGGGCUUGCAUAUGGAUUUGCUGUAUAUGGCUAACCCUCCGGGGUUUCAGUUCCUUCAUUGUUUGCGGAACACCUGUUCGGGUGGUUCGUCUAUCUUCUCUGAUGCUUUUCAAGCUGCGCAGCAGCUUGAUGAGCGUAAUUUCGACGAGUUGUGCAGACAAAAGGUCCCCUACCAUUACCGCAACGCUGGCGAACAUUAUUAUUAUAAACAUCCUGUGAUAUUAUCCAAACCACCACAGCCAAAAGAUACAAAAUUCAGUAAAGUCGCUGCUAUUAGGCAUAUUAAUUAUUCGCCCCCAUUUCAAGCCACAUUUGAUGUCCCAUGGAGUUCGGUGCCGGUGGCUGAAGCUUUAAGGCAAUUUGCAUCUCGAGUAGAGGCACCUGAAAACAUGUAUGAAUACAGGUUACAAGAGGGGGAAUGCGCCAUUUUCAAUAACAGAAGAGUACUUCAUGGCAGGAAAGAAUUUGAUACAUCAGCUGGGGAGAGAUGGCUUAAGGGAGCUUAUAUUGAUACUGAUGUCUUUAUGAGUAGGUACCGGGUCCUGGCCGAAAAGUAUCAAAAUCAGGACCAGAAUUUUCUUCGUACUCAUGCUAGACUUAUCUGUUGGGAUAUUGAGAACCCCGAGACUGGCAGGAUGGAAAGUGAUCCUCUUAAAGUUUGGGAGACAAGUAGAGACCUUCCCCAGACUGAGGGAUAUGCAAAUAUUAUCUGAGGAUGUUCUCGAGCAACUCAAAGCCCUCCAAGAGGUAUACAGUGUUUAAGAUUUCCAAGAGUCCGGAGUGCGGUCCAUCAUCGAUGGCUGCUCGUUUGCUCGAGGUAUUGGCCAAUAUCGAACAUCCAAUUCACUUGGAGUAUCGGGUAUACUUGACAUAUCAAGCUAUACCCAAAGACUCAUGGCCUUUAAAUUUUUUAAACGUUCCGGGUUCCAUUCCGGCAAUUGGAAAUCCUGAAGUAGUUAUUUCGCGCAUUCAUGUCCAAAGUUAUCUAUGAUAGUGUUUACGUUCAUCUGCAAUCUAGUUCUCUGUACUUUCAAGAAAUGAAAAGAGCUGCCUCAUAAGCAUAUGACUGUCACGGCCUGCGCAACGUUCAAUAUAUACCAGAUCAUUUUAC